CAGGCUGCGGAGGCCAGGGUUCCCCCUCCUGCCGGGGAGUCACCGUCUGCCUGCCCUCUCUGGGCCAUCAGUACUGGCAUCUUCUCUGCACUAAACAGAGUGUGGAGACAUAAAUUAGCAAAUAAUUACAUUUAUUGAUGUAAAUGUCACCUUUCACAUGAGGACACCGGUUUUAUCCUGUGCUUCAGUUUCCCCCAAGAGAAGUUUACAGUGGCUGGGAGAGAGGCACUCUGGCUCAGCUUUGGCCCCUGCAGACUGCGCUGCUGUGUGACUUCUGUGGCUUGUCACCAUGGAGUUGGAGGACCCGAGCCUGGGGAUCGCAGCAGAGUGGAUCCCAGUGUUGUGGCCGACUGGCUGUCAGCAGCAGGAGAACUUGCUGAGGCCCUUUGCGUCCAUUUCUGUAUGUUAUUGCAGAGGCGGUGAAGCCAUGGCCUGAGGUGUGGGCUCUGGUCCAGGUGACAUGGGUUCAGUCCUGGUCCACUUGCUCCUGACCACAAACCUGGGCGCGGCCUCUGUGCCUGUGGGCCUCAGUUCUAUUGUCUUUCCAGUGGGGACAGUAGUCAUCGCUGUGUCACGGAUUUGCUGUGAAGGUGACAUGAACUGCUGUGUACCCAGCGCGGGCUGAGCGCCUAACACAGUUUUAUUUGGAUCAGAAUCUACUCAACUGCCUUUUCGCCUAAAAGAUCUAAUUGGAAAGUUAAUUCAGUAGCGAAGACAGCUGUGUCUGUGAACUUACUGUCAGUUGAGCACAAAGAAGCUGGAUACUGGAAGAAAGAAUAUAUCACAAAACAAAUAGCCUCUGUAAAAGCAGCACUAGCUCAGGUUCUCAAACCUGUCAACCCUUACACAGGCCUUCCGGUGAGAACCAAAGAGGCCCUCAGAAUAUCGGGUCUAGGUUGGGUAAUUAUAUUGAAAGGAAAGAGUGGAAGAGACUAUGUCAUGGAGCACGUUGAGCUUUCCGUAAAUCAUUCGUCCGUGACGAUUGUGUGGUAUGGCGGAAACUGGCCACGUCUAGCCACUCUGUCAACCUUAUAUCUGUGUGGCAUGACACCAGUUUUUAUGGACCGGUCCAAAACCCCCACCAAAAAUGGACCUAGAUGGCACUCUCUAAUCGCCAAGUACAGCCUGAGUCCUUUCCCCGAAUCCACCAUGAUUGGCUGUGACAGACUCAUUCGGAUCUUCCAUCUAAACCCAGGCCUCCUGGUGGGGCUGUGGCAGAGGGAGGAGGAGCUGGCCUUUGUUGCGGCGAAUCUGCACCUCCAUCAUCUUGUGGAGAGGAGCUCGCUAGGCUCGGCCGCUCUCCCCUACGAGCUGCCUCCUCAUACACCCCGUUUGGAUGACACCCCAGAGUAUGGACUGCAUGGCUACCAACUCCAUGUUGACAUGCACAGCGGUGGAAUUUUCUGCCUGUGUAGUACAUUUCGCAAUCUCUUUACCAAGAAAGGAUGUAUUGAAAAUGGAUAUGCGAAGCUCGUUGUGAUCCAUUCUAAAAAUAACACAGACCACCUGCCUCUUGUUGGAAAAGUUGGCCUCUCCUGGAGAACUGAUAUUUUUGAUGGCUGUAUAAAGAGUUGUUCUGUAAUGGACAUGACUCUGUUGGAUGAAUAUGGGGAACCCUUUUGGUGUUUCAGUUCCCCGGUUUGCAUGCGGUCAUCUCCCAGGCCCUCGGACGGCCCUCAUUUCUUGGGACAGACAUACCAUGUUGACUACAUGGACUCGGCAGGAAAAGCGCACAUGGAGCUGGUGUGGAUUGAAGAGACGGAAGAACACUUUAUUGUCAGCCUGGCCCUUUACCUCAGUGUGGCAAAAAUCAACCAUUGGUUCGGGACACACUACUAAAUAUUAGCAUAGGUGGCAGAUUACAUUGCUGUUUAUUUGUUUAUUUUGGAUUCACCAGUUUUGUUGUUGGUGCUGGAAGUUAAAAUAAAGCAGUAGUCCAUU